AUGGCAACUGAGUUGGCGACCCUGCGCGCGGUGACGUUUCGCAUCUCGUCGACGAACACAUCGCAGCUUCCUCAACAUGUGCCUGCCAUAGCUGCGUCUCUGGCUAGCUGCAGGACACUGCUCUCUUCCGCCCAGGCCUCUUCCUCUAAGACCGCAUCUGAGGCCUCAGUAGCAGUUCACAGGUAUCGAACACUCCUAUCUACAUUACUCCAAGAUCGGACGAUCCAAGGAAGAUGGGCCGCAAUUGUUCUCAUCAAGUCGACUAUUGAGGUCGGAGGUUGGGAAACGCUGCAGAAGAGCUUGCCAUGGGUCCGAGGACUUCUAGGGAUACUGACCAAACCGGAUCCGUUCUCUUCGAAGCAAUUAUGCAUCAUUACUCUAACGCGUAUUUUCUUCCUCACCCGGGACUAUCCUACCCUCGUCCGUGAGAUCACGACACCAUCUUUAUCACCCUUCAUACAGUCAGCUCUACAAAUUGCAGCAUCGAGAACCUCGCCGGCCCUUCUGGAGACGAUUAUAGAAAGCUUCGAUCGGCUACUCCCACGACACCCAACCACUUUUCGUUCUCACCUCAAGCAAAUCCAGCAGCUUCUCGGCCAGACAAUAGCGCCAACCCCAUCCAGCAAGCUCGGCCCAGAGCAAGCAACAGGAAUCAGGCCAGACGUAACCCUUGCGGUCUCGGAGGCUGCUCGACGUCUCUAUACCCAAAUACCAUGCAGCGCGCCGAAGGGAGCCACGGCCGAGGAAUGGCAAGUGUCCUUCAAAAAGACCAUUGACAAUGCGCAUCGCGUCAGUGACAAGGUGUUUCGCGCAGUCGUGGAGGAUUUUAAAUCUUCGUCACGCGAUGCGACAACUACAAAUGGGCAUACGCUAGACGAUGAGGUUCAAGAUAUAAACACCGAUCCUAUGUCUCUGCCGCCAUGGUCGGGUAUUUUCGCAGGUGGCGAACGCCUGCUCGGUCUGCUCGAGUUGAUCAAGACUUACAUUCUUUGCCCGACCACGAUUCCUGUCAAUGUCAAUAUUGGAGCAGUGGUGGUCCUUCUUACUCGACUGUUAUCCCUUACGAUACCGUCAGCGAAGGGCCAGGGGUUUCUCAACGCGAUCAAGUUCAACAACCAGGUCAGCAAGGAAGAGCGCGAGAAUCUUUGGCUUAUCUUACCAAAUAUUCACGUGGCAGCUAUCGAUAUACUCCUGGCUCUCACGCAUCGCAGCGACACCAGCACUGUCGCGAUUGAUGCUGCGAUGCUUGAUCAGAUGGUUUGGGUGUUCGCCGCCGAGAGAAACGCUCCGGAAGUCCGCACGGCUUGUUAUUCAGCUGUCGCUGAACUGCUGCGGCGAUCAGGCGUCGCGCUACCCAAAUCCUCGAUCGAUUCACUUGGUGACAUGAUCCGUAGAUGCUGCGAUGACAUACUUCCAUUAGAACAGAACGCCGCUCAAGCGAAACAAUCUGCAGCAAACGUAAAGACGAACGGGAACACGCAAGCAACGACGAACGCUGACGCGUUCCUGAAGGCCCCAAAGGCGCACAAUGUCUCUGGCGACUUCGCGGGCCUACAUGCUGCCGCCUAUACCCUACUGCCGGCUGCUUUCACCCACAUACGGCCACAACAUUUAUCGGACUCCCUAAGAGCUCGCAUGGAUCGUACCGCUAUUCUUGUACGGGACAAGGAUGCAAUGAUGGCUAGCGUGCUCAACCCGCCACCCAGCAAGAAGUUCGGGAAGCCAGCCGCCAGUAUCUUGCCAUUCCUAGCGCGAAGCCAAUCUGGCGAGAAAGAGGUGGAGGCUUUGAUAAGACCCCGAAUGCCAGUCAUUCGUAUGCGCACAUAUGAGUCAGAGGAUGUGGAAGGGGACGAGAAGGAACAAAUGCUGGAGGAUGUUGAAGGGGACGACGAAUUUGUGGGCAAUGAGCUGGACACUUUAUUGGGUACAGUAGCUACGUCAGGAGUCAGUGGGGGCGAUAUUGUGAUGGCAGAGGCAGUUGAUAUGGGCGCCACAGCCACGACUGCUGUCGAGUCAAACGACCGCUCAGCCGAAAUCCUCGAGCGUGCAAACGCGGUCGGUAAGCGACCUCAGGAGGACGGUGCUUCUCUCGCGCCUCCAAAGCGAGUGAAGGUGAGCGAGGUACCUAAGGAGCCGCACGUUUCAACCUUGCCUAGACAGCCUUCGAUAGCGAUGCCGACAACUAUCGUAGCUCCAGGAUUAGAGGCACCCGCAGUGGUCUCAGAUCUGCCAGCUGCAUCGAUAUCCGUGGCCCCUCCUGUAUCAGUCACGUCGGCAGUUCCACCAACAACGGCGGAGAAACCGGCAGAAGAAGACAGCGAAGAGGACGAUGACGAUAAAAUCUCGCUAGUCCUGGGGCAGGACACGGAGUCAGAGUCUGAAUGA